GUAUCGAGACUGAUGAUGCGACUGAUGUUUUCAGGUGUUUCGUGUCGGUUUUCUGUUUAUUGCUGUUAUCAAUCUUAUCAAGUCGUGAUUAUACCGAGAUAAGAAAUUGUAUGUGAUAAUUACUAUAAGUUAUUCGAAUCCGCCGCGUAUAACUGAGUGAGAAUAGAAGAAUGCCCGUGCCACUGCCGGAAUCGGACUCGGAAGAUGAAUUGCCUCCGGCAUGGGAGGAGCGAGCGACAAACGACGGUUUUGUUUACUACGUGAAUCACCAGAGCAAAACCACCCAGUGGACGCAUCCGAGAACGGGCAAAAUGAAACGAGUCUCCGGUGACCUCCCGCUGGGCUGGAGCAAACACGUAGAAGAGGGAACGGGAAAGAUCAUUUUCGUCGAGGAUGCCACCCAGCGGAAGUCCUAUACGGAUCCGCGGCUUGCAUUCGCCGUGGAAGAAGCCCCUCAAGCUGUCGGGGAAUUGCGGCAGCGAUUCGAUAGUGGCACGAAUGCUCUUCAGGUACUUCAUGGACGGGAUCUGAGUGGUAAAAAAGCGUUAAUCACUGGGGCCAACGCCGGGAUAGGGUUCGAGACGGCACGAUCCCUUGCCUUGCACGGAUGUGAGGUCAUCUUUGCUUGCCGCAAUGAAUUGGCCUCGAAAGAAGCAAUUGGUAGAAUAUUUGCUGAAAAGGAAGUUGCCGGACAGAAAUGCAAAUUCGUGAAGCUAGAUCUGGCAAGUCUGCGGUCAGUUAGGGACUGUGCCCAACAAGUGAAAGCUGAGUUUAAACAUUUAGACUAUUUGAUCCUGAAUGCUGGAGUUUUUGCCUUACCCUACAGCACUACGGGAGAUGGAUUCGAAACCACAUUCCAAGUAUCGCAUUUGUCCCACUUCUAUCUGACCAAUCUUCUGGCUGACUUACUCGAUCACACAUCAAGGGUAGUUGUGGUGUCUUCCGAGUCACAUCGCUUCAGCAGGCUGCCAAGCGAUUUUUCCGAAACUGACCUUUCGCCGUCGGCCAACAAGUACUGGAGCAUGAUGGCCUACAACAAUGCCAAACUGUUGAACGUCCUUUUCGCGUGUGAACUGUCCAAACGUUGGAAAACUCGUGGAAUAUCAGUUUUUGCUCUCCAUCCCGGCAAUAUGGUUUCCUCGCAGCUGUCCCGCAACUGGUGGUUCUACAGGCUGCUGUUUGCGAUUGUAAGACCCUUCACCAAGUCACUGCAACAAGCGGCCAGUACCACUAUCUACUGUGCUACGGCACCGGAACUGAAUGGCUUCACCGGACUGUACUUCAACAAUUGCUACGUCUGUGAUCCCAGUGGCCCUUCCAAGAACGAACGGAUGCAGCAGAGCCUGUGGACGCUGAGUGAGAAGAUGAUCGAACGAGCGGUGAAAUGAACGGACGGACUUUUACAUGUCAAGGUAGGAGUUCCAUUUUCUAUUAUUCAUAAAACAAUUUAAAUAAUUGUUGAAA